UUGUAAAAUCACAUGUGAAUGAUUGAAAAUUACAUUUUGUCCAAAUAAAACGUCAAAUUGAAUGAAAUGGCCCAACAAACAACUCAGCAGCGUGCAUCUUGUGGUUUAGAUUGCCACUUUGCACAAACUGUAAAUGAAAGUCUGGAGGAAGUAACGCGUUCUGGAUAUCAGUUUGCAUGUAUGCCAAUUGUGAACCCGCGUUUCAAGCGAGAAUUCCUGGAGAGUCCUGCCAAAGAUCGACCUGGACCAUUUACACGGUCGGAUUUGAUUCUUCCUGGUUCAGAUUGGUCAAAUCUCAUUGUUGGCAAACUAUCACCAUGGUUACAGCUCGACUCCACAAAUCCGGCGCUACGAAAAAAUUCAGAAAUGGCGUUUCACCAGGAGCUCUCCUACAUGGGCCACCUCAGUCUGCCAGCCAUCAUCAUGAAGCUGAGGAGUUAUAAUUGCUCAAACCUUGCACGAAAUCUCAAUCAACAUAUCAUUGGAGGAACAAAUCAGCAGGUAUGGAUGAACAUUCCGAUGAGGUCGCCGCGGGAGAGUGUGGAAGAAAUCUUUGAUGAUGACAUGCCCCACAAUGAGGAGACGGUCAAAGAUACUUGGGAAUGGUGGAAUAAAUUUCGCACAAUCUGUGAUUUCAACAGAAAGAUAGCUGUUGCUCUAGAGCUAAGUGCCGAUCUGAUAUCUGAGGAACAUAUCGAUCGCUGGUUUGGUGAACCACUCAAAGUUGUCAUUCUCCCAACAAAUCUGUUCCUGACCAAUAAGAAAGGCUAUCCUGUUCUCUCAAGAGCUCAUCAGUCUUUCUUCAAGAGAGCUUUAAAGUUCGAUGUACAGAUCAUUGUGACAGGGGCGUGCCAUCAUCCAGAGAAGGGAAUGAGGUCGUAUGUUCAGUACGUUGAUCAUUUAUGGCAGAGUCAGUCACCGUUGGAUCCGGUGUCACUGUUUGCUAAAGGAUAUGAGGACUAUUUGCAAUGCCCUCUACAGCCUCUGAUGGACAAUCUAGAGUCACAGACAUAUGAAGUAUUUGAGAAGGAUCCGGUCAAGUAUUCACAAUAUCAGAAGGCUGUGUAUCAUGCGCUACUUGACAGGAUCCCAGAGGAGGAGAAAGCAAGUCAAACAUGUAUUGUGAUGGUAGUUGGUGCUGGCCGUGGUCCUCUAGUCACUGCUUCAAUAAUCGCUGCAAACAAAGCCGGCAGAAAAAUCCAGGUUUAUGCCGUGGAAAAGAAUCCUAACGCUGUGAUCACACUUGAGGGUAUGCGUGAGGAGGAAUGGGGCAACAUCGUGACGGUAGUGUCGUGUGACAUGCGAGAAUGGAAGGCACCCGUCAAAGCUGAUAUCAUGGUCAGUGAGCUGUUGGGUUCGUUUAGUGACAAUGAACUGUCGCCCGAAUGUUUGGAUGGUGCUCAAGAUUUCCUCAAAGAGGAUGGGAUAGUGAUUCCCAGCAAGUACACAUCCUACCUUGCACCACUUCAAUCGUCCAAACUUUACAACGAAGUGCGUCUUUGUAAGGAACGAGACAAACAUUAUGAGGCUCCGUAUGAGACACCAUAUGUUGUACGACUCCACAACUGCCACUUGAUGUCACCACCCAAACCAGUGUUUGAAUUCACUCAUCCAAAAUGGGGCCAAAUCGACAACACACGCUACAUUGAUUUAGAGUUCCAGAUCAAGGAGAAUUGUGUCCUUCAUGGAUUUGCUGGUUACUUUGAUACCGUUCUAUACAAAGAUGUCACGUUGAGUAUCGUUCCAGAGACGCAUUCCCAGGGCAUGUUCAGUUGGUUUCCAAUCCUCUUCCCCAUCACGAGACCCAUGAAACUUGCAAAGGAUGAGAAGUUAGUCGUGCAUUUCUGGCGUCUGGUCAACAAGAAGAAUGUCUGGUACGAGUGGUGCGUGUCGGAGCCAAGACCAUCGCCGAUCCACAAUCCUAAAGGCCGAUCUUAUACUAUCGGACUAUAGAGGACAUGAUUCACAACCACAAUGGACGCUCCUAUGCUGAGGUCUGGAGGAGGUGAUUGAGACAUUAAGAAUAAAGUUAGCUGUUGUGGCCUCGUUUCAAGAAACAUUGCUUUUUCGGACUUCGGCCAUUUUAAGUUCUGAUCCAGUAAGGGUGCUCCUGAUAGUAUCGGCCUGAAGGCGUCAGUGUGGAUACGAUAACUGUGUUCUGUAGAGCCUAUUGAGGUUCAUAAUAAGCUAGAAAAGAUACCAAGUUGUGAUUCCAUAUGAUUUUUCUUAAGAUAAGAAUAAAAAGAUAAGGAAUCUGAUAUGAUUUCCGUAGUGUCAUCUAUUUUGUAAUCUGUGUCGUUAAAAGUUCACUCUUUUCCUGGGUAACCCUUUUCAUCAUUUUGUUAAAUACAAACCAAUUUGAUUUAGGUGUGACCCAUAUUGUGAUGCUCUGCUCUAAAUCAUGAGAGCUUCCUGGUGUGGAAGUUCUGAAGUUAUUUUCUGUUGUUGACUAUUUGGCGUAAUGUUUUGGUUUGCACAAGUCCCAUACAAAUAGUGUAUAGUUGGAUCCUUGUAAGAAGAUAUUUUUUGAAUUAAUGUGCUGUUGGUCAAGAAAGAGAUUCGGUAAUUAAAGGUAAUCAUGUAUUUUGUUUCUUUUUUGGUGUUUCACUAAAUCAUGGCAUUUUAUAAUAAAAGAUAGUUGAAAAAAAAAUUUGUCGGAUUAUUCCACAGAGGUGGCAUAUGGGUCGAACAGCUACAAUCACUGAAGCUGGUUCUGGUUCUUUUCAUGGCAGGAGAAGGUCUUUUCC